GAUUCCUAAAUUACUCCAAAGUCCCAUCAAAAACUUUCAUCCGGGUGCGUUGUAAGAUUACACAUAAUUUCAUAAUUAUUUAUUGAGUACAAAAUUCAUUUUGUAUUUUUUUCUGGGACAUGUUUAAUUUAUCGUAUUCUGCGCUAAUGAGCAUACAUGUGUGUUUACUUAGCGAUCAUAACACAUUGUUUGAUCUGGUACUAUAUAAAGUUUUGCCAUGAUUUUGAAACUUCAGUCUUAACUGCGGAGGCCUUGCCCUGCAGUCGCAUUUAACAACCGUUUACUGCUGAAAACUACCGAGCUUUUUUCAGAACAACCGACCGCAACCCCCAUUAAGUGCCGCCCCCAACACCCCCUGCCAACGAAGAAAUUUAUUGUUCGCAACUGCCCAAAAUAAAACAACAUCCGUCUCUACAUAGAAUGGUAGAAAGUGAACCACAUUUAAAACCCGACGAAACUUGUGAUGUAAAUGAUAAGCGCACCAUAAACGGCUGUGGAUCCAAAGAGCUUGAGCUACACACCCCUCAAUCUAUAGUCAAGACUGACCUAUUAAAGACAUUCUCAGAUGUAGAAAUCGGAAGCAGCGAUAAAGCUGAUUUUGAAAGGGCAAUUGAACUUACCGGAUAUGGAAAAUUCCAUUAUCUACUAUUAGCAAUAUGUGGAUUCGUCAGCACUUCGGAGGAGAUGGACGUCAUUUCGAUGUCGUUCAUUCUCCCUUCCGCGCAGUGCGAUUUGAACCUCAACACCCAGACCAAAGGAUGGCUGAACUCCAUCAUUUUUAUAGGAAUGAUGGCAGGUGCCUACGCUUGGGGAUCAUUGGCAGACUUCGUUGGUCGUAAAAAGGUUCUAAUUAUCAGCAGUUUCAUGAACGCUCUAUGCAUCGUGGCUUCAAGCUUUAGCCAGUCAUAUGAGUUAUUCAUGCUUUUCAGAUUUUUAAACGGGGCGGCACUUGGGGGUAGCGGUCCAGUAAUAUGGCCGUAUUUCGCAGAAUUUCAGCCAAAAGCCAAAAGAGGAUCCAUGUUAAGUUUCAUGGCAGCAUUUUGGACUCUUGGUAACCUAUUUGUAGCCGGUCUAGCAUGGUUGAUAAUACCAGCUGAGAUCGAAGCAUCUUCAAAAUACUUUGUUUUCAACUCGUGGAGGAUUUUUCUUGUUGUGAUGGCUCUACCAUCGUUCGUCGUAGCCAUUUUAUUAUGCUUUUUGCCAGAAAGUCCUAAAUUCCUUUUGACAAAGGGAAAAAUUGACGAAGCUAUUGCUAUCUUCAAACACAUUUAUCACGUGAACACUGGUAAUGAUGCUGAAAGUUAUCCAGUUAAACAUCUGAUUUUGGAAGAAGAAUAUCAAAGGGCAUUAGACGAAGAAUCUUUACAAAAAAAGAAAGGCAAAGUUAUUAAUAUGUUGUUCAAUAUUAUCGAUAAUACUAAACAACUUUUUGUUUCACCUAUUCUCAAGUUCACAAUGAUUUCCAUUAUGAUCAACUUUACAUUUCAUAUUGGGUAUUACGGACUCAUGAUGUGGUUUCCAGAGUUGUUCAACAGAUUUGACGAAUUCAGCCGUUUAAGACCAAAUGAAACAGCUACAGUUUGUCAAGUAACAGACUUUGUAGUUAAUAUAGGAAGCCAGCAACAAGGUGCUAUAUGUAAUGAAAAAAUAAGUCAGUCUGUUUUUAUGGAUUCAUUAAUUACUGUAGCAGCCGCUUUGCCUAGCAAUGUUAUUGCUAUUUGGGGAAUGGACAAACUGGGAAGAAAAUUCUUCUUAGUUUUCAGUACUCUAGCAUCUGGAACCUGCGCGGCAUCCAUGUAUUACGUCUACAACAAGACUCAAAACUUAAUUGUUUCUGCCACAUUCAGCAGUGUCAUUUCUUGUGGUAAUGCUGCUUUGGAUUGCUUAAUCACAGAAAUUUUUCCGACCAAUCUCAGGGCAACUGGAAUUGCUAUAUCAAUGGUAGCAGCUCGUUUAGGUGGAAUAAUAGGCAACAUCGUAAUAGCUACAUUGCUAGACAUGUACUGUCCAGCACCAACAUUUAUAGUAGCCGCACUACUGAUUUGUGGAGGUCUGCUUUGUCUCCUGUUGCCAAAUACUACUCGAGAACCACUGCAUUGAAACAUUUAAUUUUCAAAUCCUUAACUUUAAAAUAUGCUUUUAUUGGUUCGAAUUUAUUUUUUUUUGUAAUCACCUAAGUAUUACAGUAUUUUCAAUAUUAUUAUUUAGAUUAAGUUUGUUAUUGUUCUUAAAAUUUAUGAAUGACGUUGAUCAGGGAAGUGUUAUUUGCCAGAUAUUUUUUGAAUAAUGUUCUGGAAGUAGAUAGGCACUGUAGAUUACUAAUAUUUUGAGGACCAAAAAUAUAUUUUAGUUUCAUGAAAGUUUUGAG